AUGUGUCUCAUCAUCUUUAACAUUAUCAUUCGAGCCUUCAACCUUAACGUUUACAGCGUUAAUGUUCUCAAUUGGAUCCUGAAUGUGACGUGUUUAUUCCUAGACUUCUCCAGCCUUUGGUUCGCCAUGUGGCUCUGCGCCCUCUACUUUGUCAAGGUCACCAUCUUUAAAAGGGCUUUACUUAUUCACAUGAAGCUAAGAAUCCCUCAGCUUGUGCUUUACAUGACUGUAUCAUCUGUAUUGAUCGCAUUGCUGUCCAGCUUUAUAUUUGUCUACAAUUACAAUGAACCUUUGGAUUUGUUGAUUCCGGAACUCAACCUGUCGAGCAACUCAAGCAUCGAGAAAGAACUGAUCUUCAUACCUCCAGCGAUAAAUGCCCACCUUACAGCUAUUCGGUCAGCUUCUCUGGUGGAGUUCAUGACCAUCUCUUACUUCAUCAUGACCAUUUUACUUCGCUUUAAUUUCUAUCAAACCUUAAAUAAGGCUGUUGUCUUUGUGUUAGUCACCUCCUACCCAACGUUUCAUUCCAUGGUGCUGAUAGGAGGAAAUGUAAAACUGAAAAAGAGGCUGUUAAAUGUUGUCCACUAUGUGAAAGGAUGUGAACCACUGGGAAACUCUUGCAGCUCAUGUGAGAACCCCAAGUAG